AUGGUCGAGGUUCACACAUUGUCUCAAGAGGGGGUGUGUAACAUGCGGGUAAAGGACUGGUGUAGAGUGAACCUGCGUUGUUCACUGUCGUCGGUCUCCAGGUGGCGGCUCAAAGGCUACAAUCGCGUCUCGCUCUUUCAACACGAACGGACUCUAACCGCCUCUCCUCACUGGAGACUCCGGGCCACAGGCUACGUCACGCCACGUGGAGGCAGUGGCGCCACCGGCAUACAGUGGUUCGAAUUCGAGGUCAUGAACCCGGGUCUGCACGAGAUUAACGUCGAGCACGUGUACCCCUGGGCCGCCCGACACAUCUCACAAACCCAAUCCUACAAGGUCCAAGCUACCAUCUAA